AUGAAAAAUGGUACAGUAAUAUCCGUGGGGACAGGCCAGGCAUUAAACAAACAUUUGGAUUAUCAACUCCUUAGUAAGGGCUUAGCAAAGGACACGUCUGGAACAAGUUGGAAGAAUAAAUUUAAUAAAAUUCUUGACUCGGCGACGGAUACUGAAGAUACGAACGCAUACAUUCGCAGGAACCAGCACAAAUUCGAACAAGCCGCCGCCAUGUUGGUAAGAAAACGAACUGUUGCACAGAGGGUAUUCGAUUUUGUUGAGCAUAGAGCUCAGUUAAUGGGCAUCAGUCAGGCGAAUUGA